GCGUCUGGCAGGGGACUUGGCUGGGGGAUUCGGCCCUCUUCCCCUGAGGGGCUUGGUGCCUUCCAAUUGGCUGCGAGCAGCGGUGGCCCGUCGCCCAUUGGCUGCUGCCAGCCCCGAGGGGCGGGGAAGCCGGAGGAGCUCUAGAGCGUCCGUGCCGCGGAAAGCGGGGAGUCUGGGGCGAGCCCGGCGCGCCUAGCAGCGUACCACGCCUCGCUUCAUCUCAGAAGAAAAAAAUGGAAGGCCUGCCUGAUGCUGCUGCUUUUGCAACUAGACUUAAAAACACUCUCAUCCAGUAUCAUAGCAUCGAAGAUGAUAAGUGGCGAGUUGCCAAGAAAACGAAAGAUGUAACAAUUUGGAGAAAACCUUCAGAAGAAUUUAAUGGAUACCUUUUCAAAGCCCAAGGUGUUAUAGAUGACAGCAUCAAUAGUGUCAUAGACCAUAUACGCCCAGGUCCCUGUCGCUUGGAUUGGGACAGCUUAAUGACUUCAAUGGACAUUUUGGAACACUUUGAAGAGAAUUGCUGUGUGAUGCGUUACACUACUGCUGGUCAGCUUUGGAAUAUAAUUUCCCCGAGAGAGUUUGUUGAUUUCUCCUACACUGUGGGCUAUGAAGAAGGGCUUUUGUCCUGUGGUAAUGAUCUCAAAACCUUAUACUUUCUUUUCAUUUGUCUUAAAUAUUUGAGUUUUCCCAGCUGGAUGUGUCUAUGUGAGAUAUAUUUUCAGCCUUCACACUUAUUUUAUGAUCACUAAGCUUUGCAAAUGCUACAUCACAGGAAUUAAAAUAACAGUAUCAAGAAGGGUUUUGAAAUCUUUCUGGUUAAGUUUUUAUUCUCAGUUACAUGGUAUCCUCCAGGUCACAGCUAACAAACAGGAAUCACGUAGCUGCCUCUGAGAAAGGGAUGUAGUAAGCAGAUUAAGUCACUCUCAGAAAAUAGCUUCUUAGUCAUAUCCAUAGAAAAAAUAGGCAUGGUGUGUUAGAAUAUUUUUCCUUCCUUGAGCUGUGUAAUAUUUUUUUAAAAAAUGAAAAAUACUGCUAUUAGAAGGCUCCUGCUUCCUAAAAUAUAUCUAUAGGUAAAUCAAUCUUUUUUUGUGUAUCGUAUAUACUCGAGUUGGCAGUUGUAGGUAAAUAUCUGCUUGUUUACUCUUAGCCAGCCAGUACCAAAGUUGGAUGUGGUAGUGCCUUUAGGGAGUAGUGGUGGUACCAUAGUUUUGAUUUUUGGCACCUUGAGGCCUGGGUGCUACAGCCAAGAUUCAUAGUUUCCAAGGAGUUACCAAGAUGACAUAAUGUUACCUAUUCUGAUGGGAUUAGAACUUUCCCCAUUACCUCUAGCCCUCUGUCAGAAUUCUACUUGGUAAUUAUCUUUUUCAUUCUUCUAUGGUCACUCUUGGGGCUUAGUUUUCAUCUACAUGAGUAAGAAGA